GCCCUACAUAAGGGCCUCCUUUAGGCUCCUGCGGGGCGGUUUGGAAGCAGCUGAGGAAUGAGUUAGGUCCUGGUUGUGGGAUUUUUUUUUUUUUUAAGUCAGACACAGACACAGCUGUUGAGCAAAAUGCAGACACCACAGAAAACCCAAAGCCUCAGACCCUUCAAGCAGAGGAAGAGUUUAGCAACCAGACAAGAGGAAGUUGCCGGAAUCCGAGCAAAGUUCCCAAACAAGAUCCCGGUGAUAGUGGAGCGCUACCCCAGGGAGAAGUUCCUGCCCCUACUGGACAAGACCAAGUUCCUGGUCCCACAGGAGCUAACCAUGAUCCAGUUCCUCAGCAUCAUCCGGAGCCGCCUGGUCCUUGGGGCCACUGAAGCCUUUUAUUUGCUGGUGAACAAUCGGAGCCUGGUCAGCAUGAGUAUGACCAUGGCAGAAGUCUACAGGGACUACAAAGAUGAGGACGGCUUUGUGUACAUGACCUACGCCUCCCAGGAGAUGUUUGGCUGCUUAGGGUCGGAGCAAAUCCUGCCGUCCUCUCCAGUGCAUGUCAAGAACCAGUGCUCUAACCUGCGGAGGGAUGGAUCAUCUCCUGUGUGUGUGGUGGACAAUCCAGUGAGUGAGGCUGCCCCACAGUGAUCGGACCCACCCUGUCAGGAAGGCCUGGCCACCUCUGUAUCUUUGAGGCUCCAUGCUCUUGUGUGUUCUAAGACAGUGUGGUGGUGCUUCGGAAUUCUAUAAAUACUAUUUUCUGAGUAAGAAAUGGUUAGUUUGUGUGAUGGUUUUGUGUGAUGAGCUGGAGAUGGAUUUUAAGUGUCUUCUGUGGUGGAAGCUGGCGGGCCCUUGGGGCAUUUGAUUUCACCCCCAUGUGGGCAGAAGUCCUGUGUAUGCUGGGUCAUAGAGAACUUUGGGCUGUGGAGCCCCCACAUGGAGCUGGUGUGAACUGGCUUCUCUGGGGGCAGGGGUCCUUAUCUGUGUUGUUACAGAGAUGAUUGUUGCAUUUCCACAGCACUCAACUUGCUUAUUUCAUCUUAGAUCCUAUUUUGUCUGUUAAUGCAGUACAGAUUUAUGCCAAAGAUGCAACUGUUCAACAUAAAGACAUUUAACUUAUGUGAGUGUUUGCUUUGUGCCAGGCACGAUGUAUCUGAGUGCCUCAUCACAACCCUCUAUGACUGAUUUUUGUGAGCAUCAUUACACAGUGAGGAAACAGAGGCCCAGAAAGUUCAGAAAUGUUUUCCAAAUUCACACAACAGGGUCUGCUGGGAUUAGAGCUCAGGGAGUCUGGCUUUGGAAGCUGUCUUCACUCCUAGCUCUCUGCAAGGCUGCCUAUCUGAUAAGGUUACUCUGUGAGUUCCAGCUGCAUACCUGAGCUACGGAACCCACUUUCUCUGAUGUAGACCAUGGGGGAAACUUGCAAACUAGGGGAUGUAGCAGAGCACAGUGAAUGAAGGACGAUGGGUGUUUGGUGUAGCAGCUGCAGCACAAAGUACGAGCAUUCCAACUGGGCUAGGAGGGUAUUCGUCAGGGAAGGCUUUGCAGGGUGUUCAGCUUGAGCUAGAUUUUGUUAGAUGUUUGUCUAAAAAGGAAUUUUAUUUAUUUAUAUUCGACAUACAUUUACUGAGCACUCACUAAGUAGUAAGCACUGUUCUAGGUCGUGGAAAUGCAACAUUAACCAAGACAGGUAAGGUCCAAGCCCUCGUGAAUCACUUUGAUCUUAGGGAGGUAAAAAAGACAACAUUCAAGAUGAGUCUAGAUGCUUAUAAGAACAAUAAAGAAAAAUAAGAUAAAAGGUGAUUAGCAGAAUUAAUCCUUUAUGUAGGAUGGCCAGAGAGAGCUUUCUGGGAGGGAAGAACUUUCACCUGGACCAGAAUGAAGACAAGGAGCCUGUGAUGGAGUCUAAGCAUGCCAAGGAGGGAAGGUCCAAAGGUUUGAGCUUUACAAAUGGAGAAGAUUCCAGGGCAGUUGCAGCCAGGGAGAGAGAGAGAAGUUAAGCAGGAGCCAGGUUUAUGGGGUUAAAUUUGCUAAGGUGUUUGGAGUUUGUUUUAGGGUUUGAUUCACUGGAAAAUGCCAACUUAAUCUUUAAGACCAAAGUCAACUGGCCACCUCAGGCGUGGAUGGCUACUCCCCCCAUCCUUCCUGCACACACAUUGCUUUAUUAUUGCUUAUUCCAUGAUGUCUUAAUUAUUGUGAUUACUACCUUGUCUAGGAGAAGCAGCAUGAAUUAAGAUUGCACGUGCGAAUUAACAAAUACAUGGAUGAAUGAAUAAACCAUUAUGA